AUGGCUGAGUUAGCAAGUUUAAGACAAAAACGGGGCACUGUUAAAUCCAAAAUUACAAGGAUCGAGUCCUUUGCUAAAGCAUUUAAACCAACUGAUAAUGUGUAUCAGCUGGAAGCUAGGUUGCAAACUUUGGAAAACGCAAUGAAAGAAUUUGAACAAUAUCAAGAUCAAAUUGAAGUAUUGGAUGAGAACGAUAACGAUCGAGAAACAGUUGAAAUACAAUAUUAUAACGCUUUAGCCGAUAUUAAGGCUAAUCUCAGUAAACAUAAACUUUCUCUUAAAGUAAACACUUCCCAGCCUUCAACUUCUGAAGCAAAUGAUGGUGGUACUCAAUCCAAUUCGGUGGUAAAACUUCCAUCAUUGAAUUUACCAAUAUUUUCUGGGUCUCAUUCACAAUGGGUAUCAUUUCAAGAUACAUUUGAGUCCUUGAUACAUACUAAUAACAACUUAAAUGAGUGUCAGAAAUUUCACUACUUGAAAUCAUCACUAAAGGGCGAGGCGCUGGCCACCAUCGAGGCAUUAACUAUUUCUGCCGAAAAUUAUAAAUCCGCGUACGAUCUGUUGAAAAGACGGUACAAUAAUGCCAGGCUAAUUGCUCAAGAGCACGUUUUAAAUAUUUUAAACACACCUACUGUCACUAAGACUAAUUCAGUUGCUCUGCGUAAAUUAGUAAUAGAUGUUAGUAGUAAUAUAGAAGCCCUUAGAGUUCAAAAAUUAAAUGUUGAUGCAUGGGAUGGGUUAAUUGUGCCAUUCAUUGGUGAAAAAUUGGAUUACACCACUAAAAGGGAAUGGCAGGCCACACUAACCUCCGAAUUACCUACAUUAAAGGAACUAAUAACUUUCCUAGAAAAACGGUGUGAAUUUUUAGAAUCCUUUCAGUAUAUAAAUAAUAAGUCUCACAAUGAUGUCAGUACUCAUAAAUUUCAGCAGUCGAAUAAACAUGUAAAUAAUAAUAACUCAAAUAAAUACCGACCUAUCAUUCAAACGGUCACGAAUAAAGCAGUUCAUUGUUAUUAUUGUAACGCCGAUUCUCAUCUCAUUUAUAAGUGCCCGGAGUUUAAUAAUUUGCCGAUAAAUCUGAAAAUUCAACACGUAAAUAAAGGCCACUUGUGUGCAAAUUGUUUGCGGCCAAAUCAUAUUGCCGUAAAGUGUUUUUCUAAAAGUAGGUGCAAAGAAUGCCGCAUGAAACAUCAUUCGUUAAUACACGAUAGCAGACAAUCCAAUAAUAAUUCGGCAUUGUCUUUAUCAAAUGGUACCAACGUAACGGCACUGUUGAUUACAGCGCUUGUAAAUAUAGCAGACGCAAAGGGUACGUACCAUGAGUGUCGGGUAAUGUUAGAUUGUGGUUCGCAAAGCAAUCUAAUAACGCAUGAGUUAUGUCAAAAAUUAGGAAGCAAAUUGAAAAAAAUCAGUUAUCCAAAGUAG